AUGUUUGUGAAGAGUCUAUUUUCAGACAUCUUAAAUGAGGUUGCGAAGAACAAAAGACCAGUUGUUGAAAUGAGAUAUGAAAUAAUUCAUUCAGAUCCAAAUUUGGUUCGCCUAAUUUCCACACUGAUGAUCGAUUGUUUCAUAUCCACCUUUGUUAGUAGUCAGCAUGAAAUUGUUUUAGAAAAGUGA